AUGGACGGGUGCACUAGAAUGAGUGUGAAGGAGCUGUGUGAGACCGAUGACCUGGCCACCAGUUUGGUGCUGGACCCGCUUUUGGGUUUCAGCACCCACAAAAUGAACAUCAGUCCGGCACCAGAGAUCAGACGUUGGGGUAUUCUCAAGGAGACCCUGCUGCGGUUUCAGCGAACGCACGACUUCAACGCCACGUUCGAGGCGCUGACUGUCGGCGAGCUUGCCGGGGACUACUUCAACGCUCUGGGGAGCCAUCGACAGGAGCUGCUGAGACAACAUGUCUAUCGCUACCUCAAUGCCUUCCUGCUGGAUAGUGGGAUCAAGAUAGAGUCGUGUGACAGAUACUCAUCAGAGACCAAUGGAGCAAAAAUAACAGCCACGAGGCACUGGUUUGUAGGAGAACGCGUGGAGGUCUUACUGGGCUGCAUUGCAGAGCUGAGCCCCGCUGACAGCGCCGUGCUCAGGGCGGGGGUCAACGAUUUCAGCGUCAUGUACUCCACACGCAAGCGCUGCGCUCAGCUGUGGCUGGGGCCUGCAGCUUUCAUCAACCACGACUGCAAACCGAAUUGCAAGUUUGUCCCUGGUGAGAAAAACAUCGCCUGUGUGGAAGUGAUCCGACCCAUCUCGCCUGGGGAAGAGAUCACCUGUUACUAUGGCGCCAGCUUUUUUGGUGAAGGCAACGAAAUGUGUGAAUGCUGCACCUGUGAGAGGAAUGGAGAGGGCCACUUCAAACACAGAGGGAAACAACCUGAGUGCGAGGAGACUAAGGAAGCCGUGGGCCAAAAGUACCGCCUGAGAGAGCGAUAUCUCCGUCAACACAGGGAGAAAGGCCACUUUGCUGCGAGACCAGUGACGCCAGGAAUCCACUCUGGGAUCUUCACAGCCAUCCCCUCCAGGAACUCCUUUACCCAGCAGAUGAGGAGAAACGCACUGAAGAACAGAAAACUGACGGAAACCAAGAGGUGGAGACGGGAGAAGCAGAGACGAUCAGGAAACCACCUGCUGAAAUCCUCCGUGGUGAAGCAGUACAGGACCGUUCCACCUCUGUCUCAGGUCACUCUGAAGGACCUACGGAUCAGAGUACGGCGCCACUCGGUGGAUUUCCUGCUCCACUGUAAGGAUCCUAAAAGCAAAGAGAGGGCCUUGCUGCAGCAACUGGAGGAGGUGAAGCCAAGUGGGUUGAAGCAAAGCAAAUCGAGUGGUGAGAAAAACGACGGCACUUCGGAAAAUCUGAAGUGCUUUACUUUAAAUUCCUCCAUGUCGGCCAAUCGAAGGAGCAGACCCGCAGUACAUAGCUUGGGCUUUAAUGGGAAAUCUGUCAAAGUGGCGGACAGGAAGGCCAGACAACUGAAGAUCUGCUCCAGAGCCAAAAACAUGGUUCAUAAAACGCAGCAGACAAACACAGAGUCCAGUAGCACAAACCUAGGUAACACUACAACAGUUUCUCUGUCUGCUCGGGGGGACAAAACCUGCAAUGCAACAAAACAGGAGAACAUGGACAAAGCAAUCAGUGAAAGUCAAAACAAUAAAGUUAACUCUAGCAUCACCGCUGCACCUCAAAAUCCAGGCGCCAAGCUAAAGGCUGUCCAAGCUUCAUCCAUUUCGGGAGCCUGUCAGACAGUCAUGGAUGGAUCGGAAAAGGUUGUUGACAAUCCAGUAAUAUCUCUGAAGCAAUACCUUACAGUCGAACUUACAAGGUUAUCAGUCCCACAAAGGUCUGAGGCUGGAAAAAUCCAAGAAGAUGAGAAAGGUGGCGUUUUAGGGAAAGCAAAGGGCCGGCGGCGCCCCAGACCUGGGAAUCUGCCCAGAAACCGUGUUUUCAGGUCAGACGUCUGCACGGCUAAAGGCAAACAAGCACAGAAGGAAAUGUUUUCCAAGGCCAAAGAUGGAACAGCUGUUCAGAAAGAGCAUGCAGCUGAAGUCGCUGGGAAUCCACCUGACGAGGAGAAGAAGGAGGCCGACAGAGUUAUGGGAAUAAAAACAGUGCAAGCGGAGCUGCAGGGAGAGGAAAAAGACCCUCCAUUAACUGCUACUGAAAGUGAAGCUCAAAAAGUGGGGAAAGCAAACAAGGCUGAAUGUAAAGUGGUGUCGAAAGCAGCAAAUAAAGGAAAGAAUGACGUCCAGGGUGUUAAAAACACAGAGAAAGAUCCAGUUAAAGUAUCAGCACUGACGAAGAGGAGUUUUAAUGAUCAGCACGAAGAUGUGGUUAUAAAACAGGCAAAGGUUCUGCUGUCUGAUAUAUUAAGGAAAGAUCAAUCUUUUUUAGAUCAGAGGUUGCAGGCAGAAUCGAACAGAGGGGUGUGCAAACGUUCCGUUAAGGGGAGGUUUAUGAAAGGACGAAGGGCGCUGAAAAAGAAAGCAGACGAAACACAAAGCAGCAAAGGAGCCCCGUGCGAAGAGCUGCCGGUUGUAGUCACGAUGGACUCGAGUGAGAAAGGUUUGCAGAUCCAGUCUGAAACGAAGCGUAGCGAGCCGCCGGCCACCUCCCUCAACUCUCUACCUCACAGGUCGCCCGUUUCAGUUAAAGCUCAGCUCCACCCAGAUGCUAAUCCACAGUCCAACAUACCUCUGAAGAAACGCACGUUUCGCAGCUCUGUGGAGGUCGACUCCGAGCAAGGCGUGACUUCUGCCUCUGAUCCAGUUCAGAAAACCACUUCUGAGCUGGCGUCACUUCCAUCGCCAGAACAGAACCCGCCCCCGUCUUCAGGAGAAGGCAGCAAAGUCAAAAAAGAAAAACAAUCGAAGGCGAGAAGGAUCCAAAAACAACCCUCUAUUAAAAGAGUGCUUCGCUCCAGAGCUAACGAAUCUCCCCGAGGCCACCUGCUAAGGAAAGUCCGGAAAUGCAAAUUGGAGAAGCAGGAGGAUAUCAGCAAGGUUCAAAGUGAUAAUCCUGCAGAAGAUGCCCCUAAGAUCCAACAAUGGGAAUCACAAACUAACAUGGAAUCGUCAUCCUCUCAAGAAAACAGUUCAGAGGAGACAAAAGCAGGCUUGGAUUUUAAGAUCCGUCUCAAGAGGAGAAGAGGGAAGGUGUGGGAUGUGCAGGGAGAGAGCAUGGCGCUAAAAACGGAAAAGGACGAUGACCCGAUGAGGGCCUGCGAUCCUUUUAAAGCAAUCAUGGAUUCUGUGUCCAUCUUAAACAGAGAGAUGGAGGCUCACGUACAGGCGAAUCAGAAGUCGAAGAGCAGACUUCAUCGUUUAAUACGCAGAAGCGAAAGAAACAUCAAAACCCAAGCUGCACUGUGCUCCAGUGACGUCCAAUCAGACGAAGUUUGUGAAAAUAAAUCCGGACAAAGUCAAUUUUCCGACAACAAAACUGAAAUUAAAGAGAAAUUUGACAGCCAGCCCCCGCUGAACCCGCUUCCAGAGAAAGUAGAGAGUCUGAACGGUACUGGGGAGAUGCUUUCAGAAACUAAAGUUGAAGAUCAUCUUUUAAAAAGCUGCUGCCUUUAUGAGAGUGCCUCCCAACAAAAGCUGGAGCCAGAACUGUGUUCAAACAGUCUUUCAUUACCGAUACUAAAACUGCGGAGGAAGGUGGAGGAUAUUUGGGAGGUGGACAGCAAGAAAGGGCUCAAACAGCUGGACCUAACAGCUGAGCUUAAUAUUAAGAGGGAAGUGAAGGGUCACACUUCAGGGAAGCAGGAGAAAGGUGUUAAUGAUUCUGGGAUUCUUAAAGAUGAGCGCCAGUCUCAUCAGAGAUUGAACAGCAAUCCGGCCCCUCUAAAAACAGAACCACCCCCAUUUUCACUGUCUCUGUCCCCGCUGUCGCUGUCUUCACCCCUCAACGAGAGCAAAACUGAAGCUAUACCCUCAGCUGGAGAGCGAAUCGCAGAAAGGUCAGAGACAAACAGUGGAGAGAGGAAACAGAGGCUCAGAAUGGACAAACAGCGCAAGAGUGGGCCUGUGGAAACGCCCUCCACUUGUCUGAGUCACACUCUCCAGCAAAUUGACAACAGCCUCUCCAGGCUCUCUGAGGGCCUGUGUUCAUCUCAGACGCUGGAAAAGCCCACAGCGGCCGGCUCCAGUGCUUCCAGUUCUGCGAUCCAGACCCCGUCCCAGUCUCCUCCUUUCCCAGCUGCUGAUAACAUGCUGUCCGCCGAGCCCAGCUUCACCAACUGCUGCGACGACAUCCUGGACUUCCAGUGCCUCGGCUUUGAGGGAUACGAUCAGCCGCAGAAUAUGCUCCCUUCCUCGCCGUCAGAUCUGUGUUCCCUGGAUCCACCCACUGACCCCUUCAGUAGCCCCCUCUCUCACAGCCCUGCCGACACCUGGACCACAGAAACUCCCUAUCUUGGCCCUCCCAGUCCAGGGAAUAACUUCACCAGUGAGGAUCUGCAGUUUUUCCCGGGCUUGGUUCCUUCUAAAAGUGACUCUGUUCAAGUGGAAAGUGAAGCUAAAGACAUCUCCAAAGACAGCCCCAAUCCCAGUUUGGGGUUUUCAGCUGACGUUGUGAGCAAAGAUCGUAUUAUGAGCAAAAAUCCAGGAAUAAGGCACUCCAAAGAAGACCUCAACACUCAACAGCCUUUGUCUGUCGCCAGCAAACCUCGCAUUUUCAGUGGAACUUCAUCUCAGACUCCCAUCGCUUUAAGCCAACCAUCCACCAACCUCAGGCCCAGCACCAGCCAGGCAAAAACCCAGCUAAACCUGAAAACCCCGGGUCCGUUCCAUCGCAUGAGCAUUCCAAGUAAAUCCCAGUCAUUUCCAAGCAACCAGCCGAACACAGUUAGGGGAACGCAAUCUCAAAUGCCGAACAGAUUCCUUUCCCCUCCGCUCUUCUCUACAAAAAAUCCCAAUCCUUCUGAAAGUCCAUUCAACUUCCAGGAGAAGCCCUCUACGGUUAUCCACAGGGUUCUGAAGUUUCAGGGAGGAAACCAGACCCAGAACCUGUACAGUGCGCCGUGUAAGGACACGAUGGCUACCGGCGGCUCGGUUGUCGGGUCCACCCUCGAUGCAAAGCCAGGUGCUUUUGAAAAGAUCCAACAUAGUCAGAAAUGUGUUGCUAACAUGUCUCAAAAAAGCAACAUUUCUUUUCAGGGGUUUGGAAAAGAUGUCGGCCAUCUCGGUUCCUCAAGCAGCCCCAUUAGGCCCAACCUUCAAUUUAGCAGACCCAGUUCUUCUGUUUCAGAGUCUUUUGGUAAACUUAAGAUGGUGUCAGACAAACAGGAGGGCUGUGAAACUAACAUGGGAUACAAAAACUUCUCUGACUUGCCCAGGCCCUUCUUCUUUCCCAGCAAAGGUUCCGACUGCUACUCAUCCCCCCAGGACAAGAAUUUGAAACUGACUAAAACCCCGGACAAACACCAGCCUUGUUACACGCAGCAGGACGCCUAUGAUUUCAGUUACAGCUCCUCUCUCUCACCCAUCUCUCAGCACAGCAGCCCUCAGCUGGUCCACAGCACACCUCCUAGUACACCAGCACCGGCGGCCAAGUCUCAGUCCUCCGCCUCCUUCGCUUACGGCUACCAAGGUCCUCCCUAUGUACUGAAUUUCAGUGGGGACCACUCGCUGACCCUAGGCCUGAGGGACGGUCCUGAGGGCUACCCGGGUCUGGGCCCUACCAACUACACCUACCACUGCCUGAUGGAGCCCUCAGGCACUCAAGGGCGGUUGGUCCUUGAGCCCUGUGGACCCCAGCUGUCCAACCCAUCCUCUUUGGGCGGGUUUGCAGGGCUCAGAGGUCAGGACGAACACUGCGGUAAGGACAUGCCGCAGCAGUGCCAGCCCGGGGAACAUCAGGGCGCUUCACACUAUGGAGCAAUUCCUACAUCACACCCCAUGGGGGCUACAAAACCCAAGAGGGUGCGGCUGGUGGUGACGGACGGUACGGUCGACCUAGACCUGCAGUACUCGGACUGAAGUGAAACCUUUAGAUUUUGGUUGAUGUUUUUGUAAACAUUUCAAUUCAUAAUCUACUAAAUGACUUUUUUCUAACGAAUUAUCUUGAUGUACAAAUGAGUUGAACAGAGUUUGCUUCUGAUUUAACAAAGAACUAUUCACUACAAUUUGCUCAGAAUACCAAAUUUUAAAGCAUUAAGUUUGAACCUACAGGUCAAGUGCAGUUCUUAGCAAAACUAUUCUUACCUCUGAAACGUUUUACAUUUCUUCACGUUAAAACCACAAAACUCAACGUAUAUUAUUGAGAUUUUCUGUGACAGACCGACGCAAAGCAGAACGUGAAGAUGAAGUAAAUGAAAAAUAAAACACAAUGCUUAAAAAAAAAAAACGUAAAACGUCUGAAUGGAUGAGGAGCGUCUGUACGCAGAUAUUUCCAAGUGUUUUCCCAGUAGGAUUUAGGUCUGGACUUUGACUAGGCAAACACAAAGCCGUUAACAGGUUCCACCUAAGUAAUUAGGUUUUAAAACAGUAGUACAGCAGGUCUUAUACUUUGUCAUUGGUUAACAAAACAAAACAAAUUGGCAUUGCAUAUGGAAAAAAUAUAUAUAUAUAUAUAUAUAUAUAUAUAUAUAUAUAGUUUGUUUUUUAACUUGUGACAGUUUGUAACAUAAAUCAUUCAUACAUUUUACAGUCCCUUAAUCAGCAUGUUGCUAUAGUCUGUAUGAAAAGCAGAGCAAUGGGUCAUUAUUAGCUUGUGUGGCUAAUAGCAGUUAGCCAGGUAAAUAAAGACCAGUCAGCAAAUCUCCUCCAUCCAAACCUUGGAUCUGGGAAUGAUAUUCCUAGCUGUCAGCACUUGCUCCUGGUUGACUAUAGCAGUAAAGGCAGCCGAAGUACCAUGAGUUGUACUUGCACCACAGAUUGAGAACCAUCUAUCUAAUCCAUUCCAUGUGAGCCCCAGGGUCAAGUCUGUGGCAGUCUUUAACAGGUUUCCUUACAGGAGUGCCCUGUGUGGCCAGUUUCUCUGUGCCUGCUGGGAAAAAAAGGACAUCCCAUAGCAUGCUGCUGCCACCACCAUGUUUAAAAGUCAGGAUAGUGUUUUCUAAUGUGUAGGUCUUAAGUUUUAGUUUUGGCCUCAUCUGACCAGAGCACAUUCUUCAGUGUUUGCAGCCCCCCCCCCUUCUUGCCAAUUAUCCAUAGCUAGAUUUGGAGAUUGCUCAACUAGCAAUUGCCCUGCUCAAAGAUUGCCCCACCAUAUCUCUGCUUUCUGCUGCUCCUUACUUUGACUUGGCCAUUCUAACAUAAAUGUGCUAUGAUCUAAACCUUUUAAUUGUAGCUCUGGCUGAAUGUUUAUUGCUGCUGUGAGGGGAACCUCUAACCCAGUCUCAAGUGUUUUGCAGCUUCUAACAGGUUUUCUGUCAGGAUAGUCCUGUAUUUGUCUCCAUCCAGCUGCUUUUCAACUCCGACCAGGUCCCCCUGCUCCUGCUCAGUUGGGCUGACUAGAAAUGCAUUGUAACAGUGAAGUCUGUGGUUGUAAAAUGGCAAAAUGUGAAAAUGUCCAAGGGGUCUGAAUACCUUUGCAAGGCGCUGUACACAUUGAAAUCGCUCUCACUGUACUGUAACAUAGAUGUAUGAAUUUUUCUAUAACACAAGUGGCUGUAGAGACAGAAUCCACCAGAACUGUUAGCCGGUACUCGUUUUGGUGGACCUUAAAGAGGCAGCUUUGUGCCUCGGUCUUUGAUAUUCUCGUGAUGUUCUGAAGCACCCGUUGAAACAUGUUUUCUACCCACAUUAAGCUCUCGUUUCACUUUUUUGCUUGUAAACUCUUGAGUUUUGAAAGCUUGUGCAUGCGUUUGACGCGGCGGUCACUCGUUGGUCCACCACCUGAAGAUAUGUGCAUGAACAGCGUGCAGAAAAGACUUCCUCAAUGAAUCCAGGACCAGUGGAAGACCUCAUCAGUUGUCCUUUAAGCUGUUGAUAUUGUUGCAUCAACAAUGUGACAAUCGUCUCAUUUAAACCCAGCUCUCUGUUCUCGUUAUUUCUGAUCCCACAGAAGGAUUCCUUUAUGAUGUUACCAUAUUUAUAGUUUUUGUUGAUGAAGCUACAGAUGUGGGAGUGUUCUCCUGACUGCACAGCCUCACAUUAUGACGUACUGUCUUGUUAUAAAAAAAGGCCAAUUAUUUAUUUUAAUAUCCUCACUCUUUGAAAGGUGCUUUGAUGUAAUUUAUAUUUCACAUUGAUUGUUCAUACUAUUAAAUGUGGUUUUUUUUAAUGUUAUUGUUAUUUAAUGGGACAUGAUGAUAUUUACAUGACGUAUUUAAUUUUAAAGACUUUGACGUCCAGUUUUUUUAACUGUUGCAGAUGAAACUAGCUCGUUUUUUUCUAAUUGGCUGUUAGUCCUACUGGAAGUCUGUUGUAGAAAUGUACAAAUGUAGCCUAUAUCAUUAAAGAUGAUUCUGUUUUGUA